AUGCAGUGUCGUAAAGUCGAAUCAAAUGUGAUAAUGAAUUCGGCGAGAUUAGUUCAACGUCCUACAGAGACCAAUAAACUAGAAGAAGAGAUAGUUCAUGUAAUAAAGAGUCCAGAAAAAAAGAGUCCCCAUAAUGGUAAAUCACUCAAACGUACAUCUUCUGGUCCAAUAAUAAAUUUGCAACAAUAAAUAAUAAUCCAUUAGAAUGCACCUACUAAAGACUCAUAAGUUUUAUUGAAAUUCAAGAAUUAAAUGAAGAAGAAGAAAAAGAAGAAGAAGCUUUAAAAAAAAAAGAAAAUAUAAAUAAUAGAUAAGUAUGAAUCAGAAUUUAGAGUAGAGUAGCUGUUGAAAUAAAACUUAAGAAAACAUUAAAGUAUAUUAUAUAAUUUACUCAUAGAGGAAAAAUAAGAACAAUUAAUUAAAGAAGAAAUAUAAAAAUAAAGAGUAGUUAGUUUUAAUGAGAUGAGAAAAAUAAUGGAUUAGCAAAUAAGAUAUAUAAAUUAAUAAAGAUUUGUUAGAGUAAAUUUUAAAUUGUAUUUAUAUAAAGUCAAAAUCUCCACCAUCAUCUAUGUUACCUUGGGGUGUUGAUUAGAAUAAACUAAAAUAAUAUUGGACAAAAAUGUUGGAAAUCCAUGAUAAAUUAGAAAAACCAUAAUAAGUUAAUCAAACAGCUACAGAACAUGCAAUAAAAGAAAAAAUUAGAAGACAUAAAUUAGGAUUAGAUUUUCUCAAUUCAAAACCUGAAAAAGAUAUAUAAAAAAUGAUAUAAAGUAAAAAAUCUAUUGAAAUUUACUAGAAUAAAAAUCAAAAUAAGUUUUAGAGACUAUUUAAUCUCCUUAAAAACAUAUAAGUAACUGUGAAAAUAAAGAGGCCAUUUAGGAUGUUAAAUUAUAUAUGAUGUAUAAAAGAGAAUUAUGGAGACAAUAAAAAAUUGAAGAGUAUCUUAUAUUUAUAUAAUUAGGAAAUAAUUAUAAAAGUUAAAAAAAGAAAAAUUACAAUAAAAUUUAUAAAUAUUAGAUUAAGAAGCCAAACUAUUUGCUAAAUCAAGAAAUGCUUCAGUGAAAUCAAAUUUAACAGCUUAAGCAGCAUCAUAUCAUGCAUAAUAAUCAUCUUAACACUUUCGUACUUCAGAACCUCCUAAUUUUAAUAAAUUAGAAAAAGAGUAUAAAGAACUUAUGAGAUCUCUCAGAUAAUCAAGUUAUAGUAGUACAUAAUCACAUACUAGAAAAACCAGUUAAAUGAAAUUUUUAGAUUGGUUAUAAUAAUUACCUGAAUCUUAUCUCUAAGAAUAACUCUCUCAAAUGUAGGCUAUAAAUGAAUAAAUGAAUAAUAAAGGAUUUUAAUAUAAAUUAAGCGAACAAGAAAUGUAUCAAUUUUUAGAAUAAUUUCUUAAAGAAAAAUUUGAAUAAUAAACUAAAUCUACUAUUAAAGACCGAUUUAAUGAAUUGCAAGAAAGAUUUUAAUAGGUUUCUUAAUAAUAGUUAUCAAAUAGCUAAUAAUUAUCUCAACAAUAAAAUAUAACUCAUUAAAGUAAUUAAAGUAAUAAGAGUCAUACUUAAAAAGAAAAAAACUCAACAUCUCCAAAAGAAUAUACUAUUAAUGAAAUGAGUGAUGAAGAAAUAGAAUAAAUUUAAAAUGUAGCUGCAACUAUGAUAUAAAAAGUAUGGAGAGGUUAUAAGACAAGAUAAGUGGUUUUUGCAUAUCUUUAAUAUCUGAUUUAAUAGUAGGAAUUAGAGGAGUAAUAAAAUGAGGGACACAAAUUAUAGUAAUAAUUUGAAGGAUUGUCAUAAGAGGAGGAUAUUAAAUCUGUAAAUUAAAUGACAGAUUCAGAUAGAAGAUUAAAUCCUCUUGAAUUCCCUCAAUUUUAAGGCAAUGCACCACCUCCAUCAGAGUCUUUAUAAUAAUCAUCACUUUAAUAAUCUAGCCCUAGAGGUAACACAAGUAUUCCUCCGCUAAAUCUGGAUUCAUUCUCAUAAUAAUAAUCAUCUCCUUCAAAGUCUCUUUAAUAUUAAUAAUAAUAAUAGUAAUAGUAAUAAUAAUAGUAAUAGUAAUUAUAAUAAUUAGAACAAUAAUAAUUAUUAUUAUAAUAAUAAUAAUAACAAUAAUAAUAAUAAUAAUAAUAAUAAUAAUAAUAAUAAUAAUAAUAAUAAUAAUAAUAAUAAUAAUAAUAAUAAUAAUAAUAAUAACAAUAACAAUAAUAAUAACAAUAGCAAUAAUAAUAACAAUAAUAGUUAACAGAAUCUUAGAUUUAAGAAUAAGAAAGUAAUUAGAAUAAAACACCUUAAAAAAGCCUUCAUUUAUAUCAUGGAUUAAAUUCUGAUCCAGAAUAUUUUAUGGAAGUUAUAAAAUUAAGGGAAGAAGCUUUGUAAUAGAAGUAUGAUUAAUAGCUUGCAUUGUUGGAAAAAAUGUUAGAUAAAAAAAAAGUUUCAAAUGACUUAUUUUCAGAAAAUAAAGAAAAAUUAGAAAAAAGAUAUAGAAGGGAAAGAGAUAAAUUAUAAUAAUCUAAAAAUGAGGUUGAGAGAUUACAUCAAAUGUUUAAAGAUACUGUAAAAUCUACCUAAAAAGAUUAAUAAUUUAUGGAAAGAAUGAAAAUUUAAACUGAUGAAGAGAAUUUAUCGAUUAGGUAAAUCUUUUCAAUUCGUUCAGAAACUGAACAAUCUGAUGGAGAGAUAGAAAAGAGAUCUGUGCCACAUUAUGGCUUAUUGUAAUAAAUAAGUAUAUUUUAAUUAAUAAUUUAGAGAAUGAUUAAUUUAAGAAAUAUUCUAAAAAUCGAAAGUAGGUGAGAAGUUUUGAUUAAUAAGUAAGUUUAGAUGAAAUUUCUAUGAAAAAUGAAGAAAUUUAAACAAGCACAAUAUUUAAUGUCCACACAGAAUCAAUAAAUAACUCACUACAUAAAUCUUAAUAAUUACCAUCUGCUUUAUAAUAAUCUGUACCUUCCUAAGAAAUUGUAUAGAUAGAAACUAUAGAAAUUCCUGAGAACAAAUUUACAGAGCCAAAAGAGGAUAUCAGAAAUUCAAUAAUUCCUUUUGAUGAUAGAAAGAUUGAUAAUCUGACAGAAAAUAUUGUUUAAAAUAUCAUUUCAGAAUUUGCUGAAGAGUUGAAUAAUUUUCCAUUAUAAUCUUUAGGUGUAUUGAUGGAAUGGGAUGAAGAAUCUCAAAUAGAUUAAUAAUUUCCUCCAGGUUUUCCAACUACUCUUAAUUUUAUAAAAGAUUAUCUAGUUUCAUUUAGUGAAUUUAUAUAGAGUAAAUAAUAAUAAUAUUAUUUAGAACAUUAUCUUGCAGUAUUUAUCUAAUAAAUAAAUACUCCUUUGGGAAUAACACCUUAAGAUUUAUUAAAGACAAUUUCACUAAGUGAUAUGUAAUAAAAUGCUCUUGAUGACUCAACAUCUGGACCCUUAUAUCCACUAAUAAAACACAUUCAUUAAAUGGAACCCUUGAUUGAUGAAGAAAUUUGGACAAAAUUUAAUUAAUCUUAUGCUCUCAAAUUAAAAUAUUAUAAUGAUAUCAACAUAACUGAUUAAUUUAAGGAAUUAGAAAUUUAUCAUUUAAGAAUGAUUUAUGAAGCCUUUAAUGAGGCUAUAAAUUAUGUGAGACCAUUUGGAAUUAGAGGGUAACCAUAUCCAUGGAAAUCUAAUCCUUUAAAAGUCUAUUAAAAUUAGACAACUUAAGAAUCUAUUGAUAGAGCUAUGGGUUUUGCUAUAGCUAAAAUGUUGAAAUGGGGAUCAUUUUUAUGUGGUUUCAUUCCUGAAAAAAUUGAGACACCUUAAGGAGAAAUUAUAGUAAUAGAAGAUGACUACCUCAAUUAAAUUAAAGAAGAUAGAUUAUAGCAAAUGUUAGAAUAUGAAGUAAUAUUUUAUACAUAAUUUUAGAUUCAAGAAUCAGAAGAAAAAUGGUUAAAUUAUGAUGAAGAACAGGCCGAAGUGGCAGUUGAAUUAGCUGAUGUCGUUUUCGAAACUAUGUUAGAUGAAGCAGCAGAAGAGAUAUUCAAAAUUUCAUAACGAGGGAAUUACUAAAUAAAAGGGUUUCAAUAAUGA